UAGUUGGUAUAGUGGUGAGGUUUUAAUGGGUGUAGGGUUAGUUGGUAUAGUGGUGAGGUUUUAAUGGGUGUAGGGUUAGUUGGUAUAGUGGUGAGGUUUUAAUGGGUGCAGGGUUAGUUGGUAUAGUGGUGAGGGAGGUUUUAAUGGGUGUAGGGUUAGUUGGUAUAGUGGUGAGGUUUAAAUGGGUGUAGGGUUAGUUGGUACAGUGGUGAGGUUUUAAUGGGUGCAGGGUUAGUUGGUAUAGUGGUGAGGUUUAAAUGGGUGUAGGGUUAGUUGGUAUAGUGGUGAGGUUUUAAUGGGUGAAGGGUUAGUUGGUAUAGUGCUGAGGUUUAAUGGGUGCAGGGUUAGUUGGUAUAGUGGUGAGGUUUAAAUGGGUGUAGGGUUAGUUGGUAUAGUGGUGAGGUUUAAAUGGGUGUAGGGUUAGUUGGUAUAGUGGUGAGGUUUUAAUGGGUGAAGGGUUAGUUGGUAUAGUGGUGAGGUUUUAAUGGGUGUAGGGUUAGUUGGUAUAGUGGUGAGGUUUUAAUGGGUGUAGGGUUAGUUGGUAUAGUGGUGAGGUUUUAAUGGGUGAAGGGUUAGUUGGUAUAGUGGUGAGGUUUUAAUGGGUGAAGGGUUAGUUGGUAUAGUGGUGAGGUUUUAAUGGGUGUAGGGUUAGUUGGUAUAGUGGUGAGGUUUUAAUGGGUGUAGGGUUAGUUGGUAUAGUGGUGAGGUUUUAAUGGGUGAAGGGUUAGUUGGUAUAGUGGUGAGGUUUUAAUGGGUGCAGGGUUAGUUGGUAUAGUGGUGAGGUUUUAAUGGGUGUAGGGUUAGUUGGUAUAGUGGUGAGGUUUUAAUGGGUGAAGGGUUAGUUGGUAUAGUGGUGAGGUUUUAAUGGGUGCAGGGUUAGUUGGUAUAGUGGUGAGGUUUAAAUGGGUGUAGGGUUAGUUGGUAUAGUGGUGAGGUUUUAAUGGGUACAGGGUUAGUUGGUAUAGUGGGGAGAUUUUAAUGGGUACAGGGUUAGUUGGUAUAGUGGUGAGGUUUUAAUGGGUGUAGGGUUAGUUGGUAUAGUGGUGAUGUUUUAAUGGGUGAAGGGUUAGUUAGGCCAAUUGUUUUUCACAAAGUAAUGAAUUCAUACCACAGAAUAGUAGGCUGAUACACAGCCAAUACAGUAGGUGGCGGCAUGCACCUAUAAUAUUUGUUUGCCGACAGCCAUAAUAGCAAAGAAGAAGAAUCGUCUCAAAUCGGCAGAAAAUUCACACGAAGAAGAAGCGCCCGCUCUUAGUCUUGACUUGGUCGCCAUCUAGUGGUCCACAAACAGUCUGCAGGGAGGGAGCGGGUGAAUCAUGUGGUUUGUCAUGUGAUGGUAAACAGGAAUUGAAUUGAAAAACUUGAAACGGUGAACAUUUAGCUAGCAACUACACUAUCCUAUAGGUGUAUACCUUAAGUGUAGAAGUGGGCCAGAGCCCGAAUUGCAGAGGUGCCUUGUAAGACCUAGACCGCCGCCAUGGUGGAUUUCCUGGCGGAGAACAACCUGUGUGGUCAGGCGGUGCUGAGGAUCGUGUCCCGGGGCAACGCUAUCAUAGCCGAGCUCCUCCGCCUCUCGGAGUUCAUCCCUGCUGUCUUCAGGCUCAAAGACAAGAGCGACCAGCAGAAAUAUGGAGACAUCAUCUGUGACUUCAGCUACUUCAAGGGUCCAGAGUACUACGAUAGUAAGCUCGAAGCCAAACCAGAGCUGCAGGAUCUGGACGAUGAGUUCCGGGAGAACAACAUAGAUAUCCUCUCACGAUUCUACCUGGCGUUUGAAAGUGUCCACAAGUACAUCGUUGAUCUAAUCAGGUACCUGGAUGACCUGUAUGAAGGAGUUUACAUUCAACAGACCCUGGAGACUGUUCUGCUGAAUGAGGAUGGAAAACAGCUCCUGUGUGAGGCGCUGUAUCUCUAUGGAGUCAUGCUGUUGGUUAUUGACCAGAAGAUGGAGGGAGAGGUCAGAGAGAGGAUGCUGGUGUCCUACUACAGAUACAGCGCUGCCCGUUCCUCAGCAGACUCCAACCUGGAUGACAUCUGUAAGCUGCUACGGAGUACAGGCUACUCCAGCCAGUCAGGGGCCAAACGGCCAGUUAACUACCCCGAGAGCUACUUCCAGAGAGUGCCAAUCAGUUCCACCUUCGUCAGCAUGGUCAUCGGGAGGCUGCGCUCUGAUGACAUCUAUAACCAGGUGUCUGCGUACCCUCUGCCUGAGCACCGCAGCACAGCGUUAGCUAACCAGGCUGCCAUGCUGUAUGUCUGUCUCUACUUCAUUCCCUCCAUACUUCAGACUCAACAGGCCAAGAUGAGGGAGAUAGUGGACAAGUACUUCCCUGAUAACUGGGUCAUCAGUGUCUACAUGGGAAUCACGGUGAAUCUGGUAGAGGCUUGGGAACCGUAUAAAGCUGCCAAGGUCGCCCUGAACUACACCCUGGACUCAGCCAAUAUCAGAGAGCAGGCCAGUCGUUACUCAGUCAGUAUGGAGGGCCUGAGGCCACAGAUCCAGCAGCUGCUGAAGGAAGGGUUCCUGAGGGAGGAGAUCGUCCUGGAUAACAUCCCCAAGCUGCUCAACUGUCUGCGGGACUGUAACGUCUCUAUCCGCUGGCUGAUGCUCCACACUGCAGACUCAGCCUAUGAUCCCAACAACAAGCGUCUGCGACAGAUCAAAGAUCAGGUGAUCAACGACUCCAAAUACAACCCCAAGAUCCUUUUCCAGUUACUCCUAGACACCGCCCAGUUUGAGUUCACUCUCAAAGAGAUGUUCAAGCAGAUGCUGUCAGAGAAGCAGCUGAAAUGGGAGAGCUAUAGGACCGAGGGGUCUGAGAGGAUGACGGAGCUGGCUGAGGUGUUCUCUGGGGUCAAGCCUCUAACCAGAGUGGAGAAGAAUGAGAACCUGCAGGCAUGGUUCAGGGAGAUCUCUAAGCAGAUAGAGUCUCUGAACUACGAGGACUCCACCGCUGCAGGCAGGAAGACCGUCCAGCUGAUACAGGCCCUCGUAGAGGUUCAGGAGUUCCACCAGUUGGAGUCCAACCUGCAGGUGUGUCAGUUCCUGGCUGACACCAGGAAGUUCCUUCACCAGAUGAUCAGAACCAUCAACAUCAAGGAGGAGGUCCUGAUCACCAUGCAGAUAGUAGGAGACCUGUCCUAUGCAUGGCAGAUCAUAGACAGCUUCACGUCAAUCAUGCAGGAGAGUAUCAGAGUGAACCCAUCUAUGGUGACCAAGCUACGAGCAACCUUCCUAAAGUUGGCGUCUGCGUUGGACCUGCCUCUGCUGCGUAUCAACCAGGCUAACAGUCCAGAUCUGCUCAGUGUUUCUCAGUUCUACUCCGGGGAACUGGUGACCUACGUCAGAAAGGUGUUACAGAUCAUCCCUGAGAGCAUGUUCACCUCCCUGGCUAAGAUCAUCAAGCUGCAGAUCCAUGCCAUCAUGGAGGUUCCCACCAGACUGGACAAGGACAAGCUGAAGGACUACGCCCAGCUGGGGGCUCGCUACGAGGUUGCCAAACUCACCCACGCCAUCUCCAUCUUUACUGAAGGGAUUCUGAUGAUGAAGACCACGCUGGUUGGAAUCAUCAAGGUGGAUCCCAAGCAGCUCCUGGAAGAUGGUAUCAGGAAGGAGUUGGUGAGAAGAGUAGCCUACGCUCUUCACAAAGGACUUAUCUUUAACCCUAAGGCUAAGACCAGUGAGCUGAUGCCGAAGCUCAAGGAGAUGGCAGCCACCAUGGACGGGUUCUACCGGUCCUUUGAGUACAUCCAGGAUUACGUCUCCAUCUACGGCCUGAAGAUCUGGCAGGAAGAGGUCUCUCGUAUCAUCAACUACAACGUGGAGCAGGAGUGCAACAGCUUCCUACGCACCAAGAUCCAGGAUUGGCAGAGUGUCUACCAGUCGACCCAUAUCCCCAUCCCCAAGUUCCCCUCGGUCGAUGAGUCGGCCACCUUCAUCGGGCGACUCUGUAGAGAGAUCCUCCGCAUCACAGACCCUAAAGUGACGUGUUACAUGGACCAGUUGAACACCUGGUACGACCUGAAGACCCACCAGGAAGUGACCAACAACCGUCUGUUCUCUGAGAUACAGGACACCCUGGGGACCUUCGGUCUCAACGGGCUCGACAGGCUCCUCUGCUUCAUGAUCGUCAAGGAACUGCAGAACUUCCUGUUGGUGUUUCAGAAGACCAUCCUGAGAGACAAGGCUAUGGUGGAUGUCUUUAAAGCCAUGCUGAGCUCUGUUAAUCCCGUCAAAGGUAUUGUGGCAAAUGCCAGUAAAGUCUACGCCAACGCUGUGGCCAAAACACAGAAGAUCUGGGGUCCGUACUUGGAAUCCAUCAUGAAGGUUGGUCAGAUGCAGAUCCUGAGGCAACAGAUCGCCAACGAGUUGAACUACUCCUGCAAGUUUGACUCCAAACACCUCGCCGCUGCGCUGGAGAACCUCAACAAGUCUCUACUGGCUGAUAUAGAAGCCCACUACCAGGACCCCAGCCUUCCCUACCCCAAGGAGGACAACAACCUGCUGUAUGAGAUCACAGCCUCUCUGGAGGCAGCAGGCAUUCACAACCCACUCAACAAGAUCUACAUCACAACCAAGCGUCUGCCUUACUUCCCUAUCGUCAACUUCCUCUUCAUCAUCGCUCAGCUGCCUAAACUGCAGUACAGCAAAAACCAAGGGAUGACGUGCAGGAAAGCCACCGACCCGGUAGACUGGUCUCCUCUGGUUCUCGGCCUUCUCACUCUACUCAAACAGUUCCACUCCAGAUACACAGAGCAGUUCCUGGCUCUCAUUGGCCAAGUCAUACGCUCUGUCAUGGAACAGUGCACCAGUCAGAAGAUCCCGGACAUGCCGUCUGAUGUGGUGGGAGCUCUGAUGUUUCUGGAAGAUUACGUACGAUACACCAAACUGCCUCGCAAGGUGGCCGAGGCCCACGUGCCAAGUUUCAUCUUCGACGAGUUCAGGACAGUCCUGUGAAGAUCUGGAUAAAGGCCUCGAGUUCAGGACAGUCCUGUGAAGAUCUGGAUUAAAGGCCUCGAGUUCAGGACAGUCCUGUGAAGAUCUGGAUUAAAGGCCUCGAGUUCAGGACAGUCCUGUGAAGAUCUGGAUUAAAGGCCUCGAGUUCAGGACAGUCCUGUGAAGAUCUGGAUUAAAGGCCUCGAGUUCAGGACAGUCCUGUGAAGAUCUGGAUUAAAGGCCUCGAGUUCAGGACAGUCCUGUGAAGAUCUGGAUUAAAGGCCUCGAGUUCAGGACAGUCCUGUGAAGAUCUGGAUUAAAGGCCUCGAGUUCAGGACAGUCCUGUGAAGAUCUGGAUUAAAGGCCUCGAGUUCAGGACAGUCCUGUGAAGAUCUGGAUUAAAGGCCUCGAGUUCAGGACAGUCCUGUGAAGAUCUGGAUAAAGGCCUCUUCCUUUAACUUUCUGUUCAUUCAUUUAUUUUGACUUUAAUUAAUCUCUUGGUUACGUAAUGAGCUUUAAUGUGCUAAUGCUUUAGUAACACUGUAAAUAGUUGAAUGGUUUUUAAUAACAUCACGUGCUACCAACUUUGGUAUAAUGUCACUGUGGUAAUAUGUCAUUAAUUAAAUACAAAAUAAGCUUUGAAUAAAUCUAAUGGUAUAUCA